AUGCUGAUUGUAACCACGCUUAUUGCAUGGUCAGCUGCGAGCGUGGCUUCCGCGAUGCUUAAGGAUGCCAUGCCCAGCACCUACGACUAUACUACAUCGAAUAACACUUACACUCUCCGCUACACUGUAGCCUCAAUCUCAAACGCGGACAUGGCAUCGAAUUACUCUGAUGACAAGCCCGGAGAGAGAACCCUAGAUAUAAACCAAAUUUUUUUUGAAGGGAUGAAAUUAAUUAAAAAGCGUCAGAAGCUCAAAGAAAUUAGGAAAGUCCAGGAUGGUACUGUUAUGUUAGCCAGAAACCGCAACAUCUUCCUCAAACAUCUUUUUCUUAAUUGGAAGAAAAAAGUCAAGAAGGUAUUACCAAACGUGGAAAAUAGGGCGAUAAUCGGAAUGUUGACACAUCAUUUCGAGAGCGAUCAUGCUCUCGCCAGUGCUUUAGUGCAGGGAAAGGGAGAGAUCGCUGAAGAACUGAAAAACAUGCAGGUCGAAACGUGGGUGAAAAACGAGGAAAAUGAGGAAGGGGUAUUUGAGCUUUUGCAGCUUGACAAGACGAAUCCUUUUCAAGACCCAAUCGCUUCCCAGUGGUUCAACUUUAUCGAGAAAAAGUAUAAUUCCCCGGAAGAGCCAUAUAAGGUGCUUGACAUAGUGUUGUCUUAUUUCAAAACGGGGAUGAAUGGUCUGAUGGGUGCGCUAGUGGGUGCUAUAGAUGCCCCUAGUACGAAAAUAAUUGUCCAGAAGUUACUAGACCUUCAAUUCAAGAAGUGGAGAGAAGAAGGAAAAGAUGCGGCCGACGUUUAUAAAAUUUUGAAUCUCCACCAGAUAGAGAAACCCUUUGAUAGUCCGGUCUUGCGCGCGUGGAUCUACUUCAUCAAAUUGACACCCCUGAAUCCGGAUAAUACAGCUAAGACGGGGCUCUCCGUCCUUAAACUUGUUUACAACGAAAAUCUGGACCAAGUUUUACCUUAG